AUGGCCACACAGCCAGACUAUAAACCAGCACCAAGACACAACGACAUCACCGCCCCCCGCAGUGGGUUCCCCUUGCCGCACACUCACUGUGAUGGAAGUCUCAUCUUCUCCCCUCUUUAUUCCCCCGCAGUCGGGGAGGUCGAAGAGCUGGAUUACCUCGGGCAUCGCGCUGCUCUGCCCCUCAUGGGCAGCUUUGUGCCGUGGCUCUACUACUCCUUCUACUGCUCGCCCCAGCCACGCCUCGUCUACCUGGUCAUCGUGUGUGUGCUGGGAAUCACCGCCAUCCUCGUCUCCCAGUGGAACCCCUCUUCGCCAUCGCCAGACGUGGGACCAGAUCCUUCUGUAACCAGAGCGCUGGUCGGGCUGGUCAGGACGGCCAUCGGCCCAGAGGACGGGCCGGCAGCCGACAUUGGUGUGGCCAUCAAACGCCCGCUGCGGCCAUCCCAGGAGAGUAGAGCCGACUCUUCCCCCCUCUGUACUGGUUACAGCCCGGAGUCAGAGUGGAGUGAAUGGUCGGCGUGGUCUCCUUGCACCGUCAGCUGUAAGGAAGGCGUCCAGCAGCGGAGACGGGUCUGUCUCGGCAGCAAGGAAUGUCACGGUGAAGAGAAGCUGCAAGCUCGCUCCUGCAUCGACCAGCCCUGCUGUGCAGUGGAUGGAGGCUGGAGCUCCUGGACUCCUUGGGGCCCCUGCUCGGUGACCUGUGCUGUCGGGGGGCAAGAGAGACACCGAACCUGCACCCAGCCCCAACCCCUCUGUGGGGGGAGAUGUCACGGAGAGGCUGAUCAACGUCAGAGCUGUAACACCCAGCAGAUCUGCCCCACUCAUGGGGCCUGGGCACCCUGGGGUGAGUGGGGCCCCUGCACCAGCACCUGUCGUCCAGACGGGCCGGGACCAGUCCCCUCCCGCAGCCACAGACGGACCUGCAGCCAACCAGCCCCCUCCGUGAUCCCCGCCGGUCAAAGCUGCCCCGGACUGGACGUCGACUCCGGCCCCUGCCCCUCCCUGCCCUUCUGCCCUGUGGCCGGGAGCUGGGGGGCCUGGUCACCCCCUACCCCCUGCCCAGUGACGUGCGGGGUGGGGCGGCUGGAACGACACAGGGCCUGCGAUAGCCCCUCACCCAGGCACAAUGGACACCCCUGCCCAGGGUCCACACACGACCACGACUUAUGUAACACCGGCCAGCCCUGUCCUGUGGACGGUGUGUGGUCAGUAUGGGGAGAGGGGGAGCUCUUGUGAACGCAAGGGCUUCAACAUCAGGUGCAAGUUUUACCGCGGGAUGGGCAGGAGAGAGGCCG